AUGACUACUCCGGCCACCACCAUCUUCCUCCUCCUCCUAGUCCUCUUCUCCGCCUCCCUGAGCCUCAUGCUGGCGGACAUGUCCAUCGUCGAAUAUGAUAACAAUUACCUCUCAAAAUCCAGAACCGACGAAGAAAUGAUGAAUAUUUACAAAAAGUGGAUGGUAGAGAAUGGAAAAGUGUACAACGGAAUUGAGGAAUUCGAAAAGCGUUUCAACAUUUUUAAGGAUAAUUUGGUCUUCAUAGAUGAUCAUAACUCCGAGAACCGGACCUACAAGGUUGGAUUGAACGUGUUUUCUGAUCUGACCGAUGAAGAGUACCGAUCAUACUACCUCGGCUUGAAAUAUGAUGCCGAUCUCCAAUCUGUUCAGUCAGAGAUUGACAGCCAAAGGUAUGCUGCGUCCUCAGAUGAAAUUCUCCCGGAGUUUGUUGAUUGGAGGACAAAAGGCGCCGUCUCACCUAUUAGGAACCAGGGAAAAUGCGCAAGUUGUUGGGCUUUCUCGGCGAUUGCAACUGUGGAAAGUAUCAACAAGAUAGCGACGGGACAGCUGAUUGAUUUGUCGGAGCAAGAACUUAUUGACUGCGACCGAAGUGCCAACAUCGGCUGCAAAACCGGGCUCAUGGUUGACGCAUUCAAAUUCAUUAUUAGAAACGGUGGUAUAGACACCGAGAAAGACUAUCCUUAUAUAGAGGCCGAUGGCACCUGCAAUUUCACUAAGAUGAAAUCAAAGGUGGUGAGCAUAGACGGUUAUGAAAAAGUACCACGCAACGAAAAUAGUUUAAAGAAAGCUGUCGCGCACCAGCCCAUCAGCGUUGGCAUUGAGGCCUAUGGCAAGGCAUUCAAAAACUAUGUCUCGGGUAUUUUCACGGGAAACUGCAGAACCAUCCUAGAUCAUGCAGUGGUGGUGGUGGGAUAUGGAAGUGAGAACGGAGUUGAUUAUUGGAUAGUGAGGAAUUCAUGGGGAUCGAAUUGGGGUGAAAGAGGAUAUAUGAGGAUCAAGCGGAACGAUGUUCCUGGCGGUAUAGGACCAGGGAAAUGUGGCAUAGCAAUGCUUGCCUCUUAUCCCAAAAAAAAACGGAAAUGCCGGAGUCGGAGACGGUAUCGUUAGUACUGCAUGAACGUAUCAUUUCAAAUAUAAAGUACUGCAUUCUAAGUUAAAAUAAGGCGGAGGCCAUCACUUCUUUUGUUUGUGUGUUUUUAUAGUAUGUUUUAUUAAUAAUUUUAUUAAUUGUGUUAUUUGGUUUUAUAAGGAAUUGAAUCUAUUUAAAUA